AUGGUAGAACCCGAUGGAAGGAGUGGUGCACAAGCAUCCGUUCAUGGAGCGGCAUUACCCGCGGUUGACCCUGUCGAUAUCCACGUCUCUAGCCUUUCUGUCCACCUAAACAGGGCUACUAGUGGAUGGCCAGCCCCUAUACAGUCUCUCAGACGGAAGCUGGCAGGCACAUAUACUGGGAUGCAGAAUCAAAUCUUACAUGACGUCUCGGCUACAUUCCCAAGCGGCUCGCUUGUCGGUAUACUAGGGCCAAGCGGAAGUGGCAAGACAACCUUUCUUAAUAUCCUCUGCAACCAACUGUCUCUUCGAGGAAUUACCACAACGGGCGAUAUUUUCUUCACGUGUGCUCGUGAUGUACAGUCGGUUCGAUCGGCCUAUCUCAGGCAGAGUGACUUUCUUGUACCAUCUCUGACAGUGCGAGAAACUCUGCAAAUCGCCGCCGAUCUUCGCAUGCCUUCUGCUGAUGCAGCAUAUCGCUCCAAUGUAGUGACUCAACUCAUCCAUGGUCUUGGACUAACGAAAUGUGCGGAUACACGGGUCGGGGAAGGGACUGGGGCUGGGUGCAGUGGUGGCGAGAAGAGAAGAACGAGCCUCGGUGUUCAGAUCUUAGCGAAUCCCUCUUGUUUAUUCUGCGACGAGCCUACGACCGGCUUGGAUGCAGCCAAUGCUCACCACAUCGUUCAGUUGCUGAAAGAACUGGCAGGAGAAGGCCGAACUGUCGUCGUGGCGAUUCACACCCCGCGCCCGGAAAUAUGGGAGCUGUUCGACCAUAUCCUGCUACUCUCUCAGGGCCAUGUCCUGUACAAUGGCCCAACCUCUUCAGUUCGCGGUUAUUUUGAGCGAUGUGGUCACGCCAUACCCGCAUCAGAAAGUCCAGCUGAGCUCUUGAUUGACCUCGUAUCCGUAGAAGCGGAAGCAGAAGCCUCACCGAUGGUAUCAGUGGCAAGGAUCAACAACCUGAAGGAGCAGUGGAAAGCGACGCAGUGCACCGUAGCUGAUAGCUGCGGAGCUUACACAAGAGAUGACUCAUUUGUGCGAUAUGGUUCACCUAUAUCCCGCAAUCCAGUCGUGCCGCUUUCUCGACAGCUGACUGUGCUUACUCGGCGCACUAUACUGACAACAUUACGGGGCCCUAUGAGCCUGUUCGGUAGCUUGUCAAUCACAAUUGUGCUGGGAAUAGUGACUGGCGCGGCUUUCUAUCAGGUUGACAGCAGCGCGCAAGGUAUUUGGUCUCGGCAGGGGGCUCUUUUCGCAGUACUGAACAUCUACGGUUACCCACUGUUAAUCUAUGAAAUAUUUCGCCUGUCAUAUGAGAUACAAACUUUCGAUCGUGAGCAAGAGGAGGGAGUUGUCAGCGUUGCAGCCUUCUUGAUAAGCCGCAGGCUUGCGCGACUUGUCCUCGAGGAUAUCCCAGGGCCUGCCGUAUCAUCGAUAGUCUUUUAUUUCCUUGUUGGACUCUGGCGCUCUGUUGCCGAGCCUUUCCUUUUCUUGCUGAUAAUGAUUCUGGCCACAUAUGUCUCUCUUGCCGUCGCUGUCCUUGCGAUUGCAAUGUCCCGUGAUUUCGCCAUAGCUGGCCUUAUCGGAAAUUUGCUUUACACGCUGCAGAGCCUGUCUGGUGGUUAUUUAGUGCAGGUAAACCAGAUUUCGAUCUGGCUCCGUUGGUCAAAAUGGAUAGCCCAUAACUUUUAUCUUUACAGCGCAGCAUGUGCGAUUGAGUUCGUUGGUCCGAAGCGGACAUCACGCGGGCAUCUAUACAGUUGCCCAACUGUCGCCAAUGCUUCGACAGGUGAGUGUACAGAGUUGUAUGGGAAAGACAUCAUGGCAAACCUAGGAUUUCCUCGCGAGUGGAUCUGGCAACCUAUUGUGGCCUCUUUGGGCUUUCUUGUUUUCUACACUAUGGUGGCUGCCUUGCUACUUCAGCAGCCUCGAAUGGGAGCUAUCAUGACUCCAGAUCCCCAGUCAAGCCGUAGCCACGUUGUCAUUGAAAAUACAGAGCUUCUGCCUCUAACCUCAACACCACAUACGCCAGGUGUGGAUAUCCAAUUAACCAAGUAUGCUCUAAGUCUCACUAGGCAAAAUAUGAAAGCCUUUCUGAGUCCCUAUUAUGAACGCUCAAUACUUAAACCGAUCAACACCACAUUCAAACACGGCGAACUUAGUAUCAUUAUGGGGCCUUCUGGGAGCGGGAAGACCACUCUAUUACACGCUCUCACAGCGCGCCUACCACAGAGAUAUCGAAGACAAGGUCAAGUGCUCUACAAUAGCCAUACUCUACCGCCUUCCAAGAUCCGAUCUAUAUGCUCGGCUGAGAUUACCUAA